AGCCCCUACAGCAAAUACAGCAGCGCCCAUAGCCCCUACAGCAGCCCCACAGCCCCUACAGCAGCCCCACAGCCCCUACAGCAGCUCCCAGAGACGCUGCAGCAGCUCUCACAGCCCUCAUUGUCCAUACAGCAGCCCACAUAGUCCCUACAACAGUUCCCACAACAGUUCCCAAAGCUCCUACAGCAGCUCCCAUAACCCAUGCAGCAGCUCCAUAGGUCAUACAGUAGCUGCCAUAGCCCAUACAGUAGCUGCCAUAGCCUCUGCAGGAGCUCCCACAUCGUCUAAAGGCGCUCUCGUAGCCACGAAGCAGUGAGCAUAGCCCCUAUAGUCUCGACAGCAGCUCGCAAAGCAGAACCUGUAGCUUCUACAGCAGGUACCAUAGCCCCUACAGCUUCUACAGCAGUUCCCAUAUCCCUAUAGCUCCCAUCAAAACCCCACAGCAGCCCCUACAACUUAUAUAGCAGCUCUCAUAGCCCCCAUAUCAGCUUCCAUCGUCCCUAUUGCUUAUUACAACAACUCCCGUAGCCUCUACAGCAGCUCUCAUAGCCACAGCUACCAACGAAACCUCUACUGCAGCUCCCAUAGCAGUGCCUACAGCAGCCACAGCUCCCAAUAGCAGCCUCUAUAGGGGAUACCUCAUAGCCCGUACAUCAGCUCCCAUAGCAGUUAUUGCAUCCACAGCAGUUCCUACAGCAGCCACAGCUCCCAAUAGCAGCCUCUAUAGGGGAUACCUCAUAGCCCGUACAUCAGCUCCCAUAGCAGUUAUUGCAUCCACAGCAGUUCCUACAGCAGCCACAGCUCCCAAUAGCAGCCUCUAUAGGGGAUACCUCAUAGCCUUUACAUCAGCUCCCACAGCAGUUAUUGCAUCCAUAGCAGUUCCUACAGCAGCCACAGCUCCCAAUAGCAGCCUCUAUAGGGGAUACCUCAUAGCUUUUACAUAAGCUCCCACAGCAGUUAUUGCAUCCAUAGCAGUUCCUACACCAGCCACAGCUCCCAAUUGCAGCCUCUAUAGGGGAGACCUCAUAGCCCGUACAUCAGCUCCCAACAGCAGCCAUUGCAUCCGUAGCGUCUCCCACAAGCGGCCUUAAGUGCCUGCAAAAUCUCCCCAACAGCACUCCCUUUGGCAGUUCCGAAAACAGUUCCCGGAGCCCUCGUAGCUGCUGCUGCUGCCACAACCCCACAACUUACAGCCAGUCAAAGGCUCCUUCCACAGCUGCAGCAGCAGCAGCCCCAGCCCCUCCUUCCUACAGCCGCUCCCCUAAGAGCGCUCUCAUAGCCCCCCGCAGCUCUCGGCAGCUUCCCCCACCCAUGCCCGCCGUGGAGCUCGGCGCUUUGUGCUGCUGCUGCUGAACGUCUCUACCCCCCCACCCGACCACCACCACCAACACCUCGUCGUCGUCGUCGUCUCCCAUCGUCUCUCUCACUCCUCGUCUCCGCUCGUCGCUCUUCGUCUGUCUCUACCCCCCCCCCCCUCGGCUCGGAGCGGCUCGGGCACAAUGAGCUCGGGCCGCGGCGCGGGCAGGAGGACGAGGAGGGUGGCGAGGCCCCGGCCGGCGGUUGAGGUUAACGACGCCCCUGCGGAAGUGGCCCCAGCCCCAAUGCCACUACCAGUGGGUGAUGAAUCUGGAGCUGCUGGAGGGCAGAGCAACAGUCCUUACCAGCUGAGGCGGAAAUCUCAGACCCCCAAGCGACCACUUUCACAGACUCGAGGCGAGGUCGAGACAUCUCCGACAUCAAGUAGUGAGAACAUGGGCCAUCGCACGAAGCGCUUACGGUUGUCGGGCAAAACACAGGAACCUGCGCCCCCAGCAGAACGCUACCUUCAGGAAAAGCUUCCAGACGAGGUGGUUCUGCAGGUGUUCUCGUACCUGCUGGAGCAGGAUCUCUGCCGUGUUGCUUGCGUUUGCAAACGCUUCAGCACGCUCGCCAGUGACCCCAUCCUUUGGAAGCAAUUGUACAUAGAUGUGUUUGAGUACACGUUACCCAUGAUGCACCCCGAGCCUGGAAAAUUUUUCCAGAUUCAUCCGGACGACUAUGACAAUGCCAACCCCUGGAAGGAAAGCUUCCGGCAACUGUAUAAAGGAGCUCAUGUCAAGCCGGGCUUUGCUGAACAUUUCUACAACAAUGCUGCACGGUACAAGGGCCGGGAAAAUAUGCUGUACUAUGACACGAUUGAGGAUGCACUGGGAGGCGUACAGGAGGGCCACUUUGAUGGCCUCGUGUUGGUGCACUCGGGACUUUACACUGAUGAGUGGAUCUAUGUGGAGUCUCCCAUCACGCUGCUCGGAGCCGCACCAGGCAAGGUGGCGGACAAAGUGAUAAUCGAGAACACGAGGGACUCCACAUUUGUGUUUAUGGAAGGCUCGGAAGAUGCUUAUGUUGGCUUUGUCACCAUCAAGUUUAACCCUGAGGACAAGUCUGGAAAUCACCACAACGCUCACCACUGCUUGGAAAUCACGGUUAACUGCUGUCCUGCCAUUGAACACGCGCUCAUCCGCAGCACUUGCACUGUGGGCUCAGCAGUCUGUGUAAGUGGCCAGGGAGCAUGCCCCUCCAUUAAGCACUGCAAUAUCAGUGACUGUGAAAAUGUGGGGCUCUACAUAACCGACCAUGCACAGGGCACUUAUGAGGACAAUGAGAUCUCAAACAAUGCCCUCGCGGGCAUCUGGGUCAAGAAUCAUGCCAACCCUAUCAUCCGCCGCAACCACAUUCAUCAUGGCCGUGACGUCGGGGUCUUCACCUUCGACCAUGGCAUGGGCUACUUUGACAGCUGCAACAUCCACCGCAACCGGAUAGCGGGCUUCGAAGUGAAGGCGUACGCCAAUCCCACGGUGGUGCGCUGUGAGAUUCACCACGGACAGACGGGCGGCAUCUACGUGCACGAGAAGGGACGUGGACAGUUCAUCGAUAACAAGAUAUACAGCAACAACUUUGCCGGCGUUUGGGUCACCUCCAACAGUGACCCCACCAUCCGAGGGAAUGCCAUCUUCAAUGGAAACCAGGGGGGAGUGUAUAUCUUUGGAGAAGGAAGAGGCCUUAUUGAAGCCAACGAUAUUUAUGGUAAUGCACUCGCCGGCAUCCAGAUCCGAACAAACAGCGGCCCAAUAGUACGCCACAACAAAAUACAUGACGGGCAGCAUGGUGGCAUCUACGUGCAUGAGAAGGGACAAGGCGUCAUUGAGGAGAAUGAGGUCUACAGCAACACGCUGGCCGGGGUGUGGGUGACAACAGGGAGCACGCCUGUCCUGCGCCGUAACCGCAUCCAUUCUGGCAAGCAGGUUGGAGUAUACUUUUAUGACAAUGGACAUGGAGUUCUAGAAGACAACGACAUCUACAACCACAUGUACUCUGGUGUGCAGAUCAGAACUGGAAGUAACCCCAAGAUUAGAAGAAACAAAAUCUGGGGUGGACAGAAUGGAGGCAUUCUGGUGUACAACUCUGGUCUGGGGGUUAUAGAGGACAAUGAGAUUUUUGACAAUGCAAUGGCAGGCGUUUGGAUUAAGACAGACAGCAACCCCACGCUCCGGCGAAAUAAGAUCCACGAUGGCCGAGAUGGAGGCAUUUGUAUCUUCAAUGGUGGCCGAGGAAUACUGGAAGAGAACGAUAUAUUUCGAAAUGCACAGGCAGGCGUGCUUGUCAGUACCAACAGCCAUCCCACCCUCCGCAAAAACCGCAUCUUUGAUGGGUUUGCAGCAGGAAUUGAAAUAACAAAUCAUGCUACAGCCACAUUGGAAGGAAACCAGAUUUUCAAUAACAAGUUUGGUGGCCUCUUUCUGGCAUCGGGUGUCAUCGUGAACAUGAAAGAUAACAAAAUAGCCAACAACCAAGAUGCCAUUGAGAAAGCUGUAAUUAGGGGGCAGUGUCUCUAUAAGAUCUCCAGCUACACAAGCUACCCCAUGCACGACUUCUACCGGUGCCACACAUGUAAUACAACGGAGAGAAAUGCCAUAUGUGUGAACUGCAUCAAGAAAUGCCACCAGGGCCACGAUGUGGAGUUCAUUCGCCAUGACCGGUUUUUUUGCGACUGUGGUGCAGGCACGUUGUCAAACCCAUGCACCCUGGCAGGGGAGCCAACGCAUGACACAGAUACAUUGUACGACUCUGCCCCUCCAAUCGAGUCCAACACCCUGCAGCACAACUAGUCCAUGCCCAUUAACUGUGUGGGCUGGCUUGGAAUCUUCCUUGGUGGGGCAGCCUUUGUCCAGCCUCCCUCUCCUGUUAUAAACCUUGACUGCAACAGCUUGUGUAUGCUUCCAUCACUGGACAGAAAAAAAACGUUUUCCCUGAGCCCAUCGGGAAGAUUUGAUGACUGUAAGGGAAGCUGUUUUGUUCAGCCUGUGAGGUGUCACCAGUACUUCGUAAUAACUUGCGAGUAGAGACGAGGAGGAUGGUGCCUGCAAGAAGUGUUGCUGCGCCCUGUUCGUCUUUGUGUUGUUGCUGUGAAGCAGUGUUCACCAAGAUGCCUGCUGGAGCUGGAUUCCUGUUCAACAGACUGUUGUCAACAAACAAGAAAUGCCUAACACACAUGAAAAUGGAAUUUAUUGUGUGUACACCAUGUGUGGACAUUUUCAGCUUUGAUUGCAGUUUUUUUUAUGUGGUCCCAUGACUCGAAUUCGUCACCUGGACUCUCGUCAAAGCAUUGACUGAGUGGAGGCAUGUGCAGCCUCACUCCCCACUUGUGCAUUUAUAUAGCAUUUUUCGUUUGUAGUCAUAUGUAGUAUAUCAACUUGUACAUUUUUAAGCAUUUAAAAAAAACGCUUUUUAGACUUACUUUGAUCUUACUGGGAAUGACAUUUUUACGUUGUGUUCUUUUUCAGCAUUAUUGUUCGAUUGUGGCAAAAAAGUGGGUGGAUUGAACAGGCUUGAGAUGCGUUACAAAUGGCAGGCUGGGCCCUGCAUUCAGGUGGUCGCUAUCAUGAAAACUGCCACCUGCUUGCAGGGCAAUGGGUACCUCAUUGGCAACCACUCCAAACAGCACUUCUUACAGCUUUUCCGGAGCACUGUAGUGUACUUAUAGUAACCGCUGCAGCAUUGCAACAAGCUUUCAAAUAUUCAGUCUACCUAGAGCAUACCGUUCUGAAAUGCGCAGGCAGUUCUAUAGACACUACAGCUCCAAAAGGUGCUGCCAGCGACAGCCAUGUUGCCAGUAGUACGCACGUGUCUCUGUCGACCUGUUCAAGCUGCUGCCCCAUUGGGAGUGUUUGCUCUUGUUGAGGCUAUUUUGCCAGUUUUUAUGCAACGUUUUUGAAAUAGUUUCAUGUCUCAGAUGUACUAAAGUCAAGUAUUUUUAAAUGUAUUUAAUAGCAUGCCUUUACAUUUAAAAUUCGUUGGUAAAAUAAAUGUGAAGGUGUAAGCAGUUGUGACACUU